CUCAUUCUCUAUUACUUUGAACUUCAAUCUUCUCAAAAUGGGUGCUACUUCUUAUAUCAAUCUUUUGUUUCAUCUUGGUCUCAUUGGUGGAGCCGCGGCCCUUCCUCAGGAUGUAGUUUUGUUUAAGAACGGUGUCAAGGAUUGGUUGAGUCCCAAGUGUGUAUUGGCAGAGUCCUGGUAAGACACACAAUUACUAACAACAUACCAGAUAUACCCCUUUCCAAACACCUUUACAUAUCAUGCAGCCUGCAGUUCCAAAGGCAACAUAUACUGAACCAGUUAAUGGGACGGUCAUUGACUUUUUCGAAAUCGACAUUCGUCAAUUUCAAGCUCAAACUGUAAUUAUGGAAUCCAAAGAUAUACCAUGGGAUGGCCUUGACUAAUUUAACUCGAUCAGUACCCCGCUAGCUCAGGUGUUGGUCCAACUACUUAUGUUGGUUAUGAUGGUACCGCUCCGGGACCCACACUUCGCAUGACAAGAGGUCGUGAAGCUGUCGUUCGGUUCACGAACUCGUACGAUCGCCCCUCUUCAAUUCAUCUUCACGGUAGUUACUCUCGUGCUCCUUGGGAUGGUUGGGCCGAAGAUGUCACAAACCCAAAUGAGUUCAAGGUAAGUCCCUUUCUUUGGAGUUGUACUUCCUCGCUUAUCGGUUCUAGGAUUAUUACUAUCCCAACCAUCAGCCACAGCGAACCUUGUGGUAUCAUGACCAUGCUAUCGGCAUUACAGCUGUCAAUGCCUAUUUCGGACAAGCAGGUCAGCUCUCCAUUCACAGUUGCUGAGUAAAAUAAAGCUAACCUGAUCAGGUUUUUACAUUCUCACGGAUCCCAACACUCCUACGACUCUUCCAUCAGGAGAUUACGAUGUCCCCCUCAUGAUUGCUGCAAAACAAUUCAACAGAGAUGGAAGUCUUUUCUCGCCAAUUGACGAAAGGGUGUCCUUGUAUGGAGAUGUCAUAACCGUCAACGGGGUACCAUGGCCAGUUCAACAAGUUGAACCAAGAAAGUAUAAAUUCAGACUACUUGACGCAAGUAUCUCGAGAACAUUCAGCCUGUAUCUUGUAAGUAACCUCCAAUGAACCUUCCUGACAUAUGUUGAGCGUGAUUAGGUUGACGAAGCCAAACCAUCUGUUCGCCUUCCUUUCACUGUUGUCGGUGCUGACGCCGGUUACUUGGAUCACCCAGUAACCACUGAUAAUCUUGUCAUUGCAAUGGCAGAGCGUUGGGAGAUUGUGAUUGAUUUUGCACUCUAUCAGGGCAAAAGGUAGGUAACUCAGUGUUGUAAACUGGCACCAGCUUACGGUUUUAUAGCUUAGUUUUGAUGAACGAGCGCAAAUUCCAGACAAACGAGGAUUAUCCUGAAACGGACAAAGUGUAAGUUAUCGUGAGAAUGACUGUGAAUAAUUCUAAUUGAGAGAUAGCAUGAAAUGGACUGUAGCAGGGACAGUAACAAACACCGCCAACAACGGCCCUAUUGCAACUCAUCUGGCAGAUUUGGCAGACACCGGAUCUAAGACGACGAUUGACCACGAAUUUGUCUUCGAAAGGCAAAAUGGAGAAUGGCGUAUUAACGGUGUUGGAUUCGAAGACAUUCCAAACCGCAUCCUCGCUAAACCAGCCCAAGGAAGGACUGAGAGAUGGCGUCUAACCAACAAGUCUGGUGGCUGGUCCCACCCAAUCCACAUUCAUUUGAUUGACUUCAAGGUACUCUCGAGAACUGGUGGACGUGGUAAGUGACUUUAUAAUAUCCCCAACAAAUGAAAUACUAACAAGUUCACAGGUGCUGUCACUCCCUAUGAAGCUGCAGCUUUGAAAGAUGUCGUGUACUUAGGCGAGAAUGAAUCUGUAGAGGUCAUUGCCAAGUAUCAACCAUGGGCUGGUGUUUACAUGUUCCAUUGCCACAACUUGGUACACGAAGACCACGACAUGGUAGGGAACUCCUUGAAAUCAAUCACUUCCUUAGCUAACCAAAUCUUCACAGAUGGCUGCUUUCAACGUCACCUCCGUGGAUCUCAGUUCUUAUGGAUACCCCGACAAUACCAAUUUCACUGAUCCUAUGGCUGCAAUCUGGCGCGCAAAGCCUAGAAAUGGUCCUACCAACAUGAGCCAGGUCCAAAGCACGAUCCUGCCCCUGUUCGCUGGUUUAGGUGCUUACCCUAGCACCGACUCUGUUGAACAUGCUCUUGAGCAGGUCUAUGCUGGACAGUAAUUUCUUAUUAUUUUUCUUUUGUCCUUCAACUGGAAUUUACAAAUGAGGAGAGUGAGGACUCUUUAGUUGUGACGGAGUGUCAGGGUGUAUGAUUAGAUUGUCUGCGAGGAGAGAAGAGUUCUCCAAGCAGAAGUGCUACUUAUCUAUCUACAGUGCCUUGUUUCCCGAAAUCUACCCGACACCAAGCCUCGAAUUCACUGAAUCAAAUCUGUUACAUAAGGUCCCUCUUUCCUACACCUUUUCUCGUUCCGCAAAAGCUCUCAACCGUUCGUUCUUUGUCGGUUUAGGCUUAUUAGGGAAUCUAGUCUCGAAGGUACGUAUCGAGGCUACGCUAUAGAUAACAUUGACCAAUGGCUCCCAUGAGUUCUCCUCUUGGCUAUAACCUCGCCAUCUUAUCAGAUAUUCGAAUUUUCUACCCUUCCUCCUCGAGUCUACUAUCUCCUCCACUGCCCAUAGAGCAUGUCCU